AUGAAGUAUGAAAUAAAUUCUACUGAGGUACAGCGGGUUAAAAAACCGGGAAUAACUAGUGCUAUGAAGGGUUAUUGUUCGUAUUCACCCGCCGAUGCGAAUAUCUUGCAAAACGCUGCUUGGGAUAUCACUAACAAAAAUGCUAAUUUCGUGAAAGACAACACGUUCAGUGGUUGUAUCCCGUUAAAACACGUUUUCGGUUUUUGCGAAGACUACAAGCGAAUAUUGAUAAACUGCAGUCAACAACUAAUAUUGAAUAGAUCGAUGUCGGAUACGAGCGCGCUACAUUAUACCAGCGUGGUGGGUGGAGACAUGGCUACCGAGUCGGUUAAGGCGCUGGUGGCGAAAGUCAAAGUUCAGCUAACGCGAGUGUUGUGGAAAGUACCAGUGAUCAAAGUCGACGACCGGGAGCGGUUGAAGCUGAUGAAAAUCAUCGAUAGCAAAAAAAUGAUAAAUUGCGCUUUUAGAAAUUGGGAGCUUUGCGAAUAUCCGAAUUUACCGCAAACGAGCAAACACUCUUGGAUGGUUAAAACGUGCUCGCAGGUGGAAAAACCUAGGUGUUUAAUAAUCGCUUUUCUCACGAAUACGCCUGGAAGCGUGGCGGACGGUUACAGCGGUGAUUACGAUGCGUGUUCGCUGACAAACGUUAAAGCGUAUAUUAAUUCAAUCGAAUAUCCGUAUGAAGAUUUUAACGAAAGUUUCGACAAAAACCUGUUUACGAUGUUCUAUCAAAAUUACGCCGAUUUCCAAAAACAUUAUUAUGAACGGGAUACCGCUCAGCCGUAUCUGUCGAGAGAAAAAUAUAAAGAGUUGGGACCAUUUAUCUGCAUAGAUUGUUCACGACAGACCGACGAUGCUAAAAUUUCUAACGUCGAUCUCCGUCUUGAAAUAGAAGCAGCCAAUAAUUUUCCAGCAAACACGGCCGCCUACUGUCUAGUUAUUCACGAUCGCGUGAUGCAAUACAAUCCGUUUACCGGAGAAGUUCGGAAACUAUAA